GCGCUAUGCCCUAAAGCCCUCAAAGGAACCAUGGGUGCAGCCGUACAGGACUGGAGGUAGUUCGCAAAUGUCUCGCCUCCUUCCUCGCCGCCGCCACCUCUCCUCCUCCGCCUCUACUGCCUCUCUCAGUGAACUCGCCUCCCUCCUCGCCGCCGGCCGCUUCCACCGCGCCGUCGACCUCGCCAAAUACCUCCUCUCCUCCCAUCCCCCCGCCGUCAGCGUCCCCGACCUCUACCACGCCCUCGCCGCCACAGCCGACACCCAGGACGACCUGCGGGCGCCCCCCCAUUCCUUCCUCUGCGACGCGGCCUCCGCCCUCGUUGUCGCCUCCGCGCGUCUGUGCCAACCCGACGGCGCGCUCCGCCUGCUCUCCCUCCUCGCCAGCGCGGGCGACGGCGCCUGUGCCGGUUCGGUGCGCUCGCCGCUGCCGUCCCUAUCGUCCUGCAACCUCCUCCUCGAGUCCCUCCUAUCCGUAGGCCGCCACGCCGAUGUGCGCGCCGCGUUCGGCCUCCUCGUGGCGGCCGGGGCGCGCCCGGACACCUUCGCGUGGAACAAGGCCGUCCAGGCCUGCGUUGCGGCGGGCGACCUCGAUGAGGCACUCGCCAUGCUGCGGCGGAUGGGCCGUAGCGAAGGCGCCCCUCCUCCCGACGCGUUCUCGUACAACGUGGUCAUUGCAGGGUUGUGGAGGUCAGGGAAGGGCAGCGACGCCCUCAAGGUGUUCGAUGAAAUGGUGGACAGGGGAGUCGCGCCUAACCAGAUCACCUACAACACGAUGAUUGAUGGGCAUGUCAAGGGUGGGGACCUGGAGGCUGGUUUCAGACUGCGGGAUCAAAUGCUACAAGAUGGCCGGAAGCCAAAUGUUGUCACUUACAAUGUGCUGCUAUCAGGGCUGUGCCGUGCUGGCAGGAUGGAUGAGACGAGAGCCCUGAUGGAUGAGAUGACAUCAUAUAGCAUGUUGCCAGAUGGUUUCACAUAUAGCAUAUUGUUUGAUGGCCUCACACGAACUGGAGAUUCACGGACCAUGCUUUCUUUGUUUGGAGAGUCUUUGAAGAAGGGUGUUAUCAUUGGAGCAUACACUUGCAGUAUCUUGCUCAAUGGCCUAUGCAAGGAUGGGAAGGUCGCAAAGGCAGAACAGGUGUUGGAGAUGUUGGUACACACAGGAUUGGUCCCAACAACAGCAAUCUACAACACUCUAAUAAAUGGCUAUUGUCAGGUUCGUGACCUCCAAGGGGCCUUCUCCAUCUUUGAGCAGAUGAAAUCACGUCAUAUUAGGCCAGAUCACAUCACCUACAAUGCACUCAUAAAUGGUUUGUGUAAGAUGGAAAUGAUCACCGAAGCAGAGGAUUUGGUGAUGGAGAUGGAGAAGAGCGGAGUGGAUCCAAGUGUGGAGACUUUCAAUACACUGAUUGACGCUUAUGGGAGGGCUGGGCAACUUGAAAAGUGUUUCACUGUUCUGUCUGAUAUGCAAGACAAGGGGAUAAAGUCAAAUGUUAUCUCUUUUGGUUCGGUUGUCAAGGCUUUUUGCAAGAACGGAAAAAUCCCAGAAGCUGUAGCUAUCUUGGAUGAUAUGAUACACAAAGAUGUUGUACCAAAUGCACAGGUGUACAACUCAAUCAUCGAUGCUUAUAUAGAGUCAGGUGGCACUGAGCAGGCUUUCCUUCUGGUUGAGAAGAUGAAAAGUAGUGGAGUAUCUGCAAGUAUAUUUACCUAUAAUUUGCUGCUAAAAGGUCUUUGCAAAAAUUCGCAAAUAGAUGAAGCUGAAGAAUUGAUUUACAACUUAACAAAUCAAGGGCUGAGACCUGACGUUGUUAGCUACAAUACUAUAAUAUCAGCAUGCUGCAACAAGGGCGAUACUGAUAGAGCAUUGGAGCUUCUCCAAGAAAUGCACAAGUAUGAUAUCAGACCUACACUGAGAACAUACCAUCCACUUCUUAGUGCAUUAGGUAGUGCAGGGAGAGUUCAUGAUAUGGAAUGCCUGUAUCAGCAUAUGGUGCACAAGAAUGUUGAACCUAGCAGUAGCAUAUAUGGCACGAGAUGUGAAAAUGAAUCAAAGGUAGCAUCUCUGAAGAAGGAAAUGUCAGAGAAAGGAAUAGCCUUUGAUGACACGGAAAGAACUAACCUUGAGCUAGAUAGGAUAAUAGCAAGUCCAAUUUGAUUGCAUUGUCUUGAAAUGAAAAAGGCUGGAAGGUUGCCUGUUAUGUUAAUAUCAAAAACAAAUUUUCAGAUUUGAGUUCAAUUGUACAGACAUGAAACAGAAAUGGCAAUAUGCGGGUCUAAAGAUGCUAGCUGCUAAAUGUUAGGUUCACUAUCAGGUCAACUAAAUUUGUGCACAGCUGUGUAGUGGACUUAUUUCCUGUCCAAGGUUUCCAGUCUGCCACAUGCAACAAUGAGAAAGCUAUUACCAAGUUAUAGUGUGGAUAGUACUUCAUGAAACACAAAAGUUACACUACUUGCUGAAGCAGAAGGAAAUGGAAGAACCCGUUAUGAAUCAUUCCAUGAGUUACUCAAGAUCCAUGAGCAUGCAUUGGUUAUUACAGGAAAACUUCAGGCAUGAGAGAACCCAACAGACUUUGGCUACCUUCUGAUUUGAUAGUGAUUGCAAAUGGUGAUGUCUUCUGGAUUGUAGAUCGGACUUAAAUGCAUCCUGCCAUGGUAAAAAUUCUGCAACCAAUAGAAUAUGGAGGUUUGGGUGUUCUGUAUCUAAAGAUAGCUGCCUAUAAUUAUGUGCGCACUCCCUCCAAAUUUAUUUUGAGUCUCAAGUUCAAGUCAUGUUCAUGCCUCGACAAGGUUCCACAUUGAUGAUGGUCUUUUUUUUAUUUGACAAUUGGGUAGAAGUCACCGCUGUCAGAAAAGGGUCCACAUGAUAGAAAGGGUGAAGUGAACUUCUCUCUUCAUGAUUUUCAGUCUGGAUGGACACUGAAAGAAAUGAGAAAGUUAUUGCCAAGUUAUAUGGCUGUGGAUAGUACUUCUUGAAACCAAGUUUCUAGGAGCACAAAAGAAAAUGGCCCUCAAGAAUUAAACUAGGAGCUACUUAAGAUCCAUGAGCAAUCAUCGUUACUUAGUGUUGGUUGUCACAGGACAACUUCCAGCAGGAGUGUAUGGCUACCUUCUGAUUUGAUAGUGGAUACAAAAGGUGAUUUUAUCUGGACUCGAGAUCAGAUGUAACUUACAUCAUGUAUAGGUGUGCAGUGGCGUCUUGUGUGGUAAAAGAUUUGGAGCAAGUAGAGUAUGGCCUGUGUAUUCUGAAUCUGACGCUAGAUGGCCAUGAUUUGCAGCUGAUAUGAAUGUGGUUGCAAAAGGUACCAUAUGCAGCUGAGGUACUGUGCUUAUGGUACUCAAGUUAUUACUAAAACAAAGAUGAUGGAGAUAGUCAGACAAGCUGUUCACUAGAAACAGUGGAUCAACAGAUCAAGGGUAUUAUUAGCUAAUUGUGGUGACAAUCUCGUGCUCUGGUCCAAGGCUGCCAUGAUCCAUGGUCUCUCUUCUACCACCAUGGGGACGCCGACUAUGUCGCCGUUCUUCUAGGUGGCCAGGGGCCUCCUCCUAAUUCGAUUUGACGUGAUCCAGGUGAUGGAACUCUUCCCAUGAUCUCAUUUAAAUCGAUCUGUAUGCAAUCAGUGUGCUGGGUUUUGAAUUGUUUUUGGAUCUAGGAGGGGACCUGAUGUGCAGGGGAAGCACACAUGGUGCCACACUGCAGAUGGGCGGCCUGGUGCACACCCUUGGGGCUCAUGUGUGUUAUUUGAUAGUUCAAGUUUGAAGCUAUGAAUAGAGCACAUUGCUGAUUGGAGUGAUUGCUUAUCAUUCCUCUCUGUUUGGAUAUUAUGAAAGGCGUGAAAUCACCUCAUAUUCAAGGGUUAAGUUGAGUCGGCCCACCACCACUAUACAGUCUCACCGAGCGUAGCACAGCUACCAGCGACAACCCUAGCCACCCAUGGAAGCUAUGAAAGUGGAUCAUUGGGCUCAUAUUGGUGAACUAAUAUGGGCUAGAUCCAGGACUGAUCUGUGGGCGUGGAGGUGGCGGUCGAUGAUUCCAUUACCACUGAACUAAAUUGUGAACUUCAGAGCUGUUAAUCCCAAAUUUUGGUAAGCCAGGGAACUGUCCAUGGGUCUGCUUCGUGAAAGGAGGGACAACCAGAUAAGUGGAUCGACUAAAUAAAAGCAUGGAUGAAAAUAGUCGAUCAAAGGAAUGUUGAAUCAAGGCAAGACGUGGAAGACGUGUUGGGUUUCAUUGUGAAAAGAAAAAUUAGAGUCCGAAUUACCUUUUUUUGGAUAGUCGUGUUAGAACAUAAGACUAGGUUUCAGGGCUAUAAAUAUUAGGAACUCGAUCCUUCUAAGAAUAUACACAAUCAUAAUACAAACCCCUUCUGGUUUCGGCCAGCAACCUUAUGAGUAGGAGUAAUAGUAGAUCUCGACGAGACUCUCGACAAAUCGAGCUACAUCGGUUGAAUUCGACCUUCGGUUUGCUUGUAAGCAUUGUUAUGGUUCAUGUUUAGUUUGUCAUGGCCGCAUCGUUUGAAUUCAUGUCAAACUCGAUUUUGAACUA